UAGACGGUUGGUGGCACUUACCUGGACAGACAUUUCCCUCAAGAAUACAUUCCUGGCUUCAUGCCAUUUCUAAUCGGAGAUAUUAAAUUGAACCUCGAGAUGAAAGCGCAGAAUUAUUAAAUGACAGUAAUUAAGUGCUGCUCUCAAUCCCCUUUUAUUCAGUGAUCUUACAAGUAUCGAAGUUCAUUUCAUAAAUGAUAAUCCCCGUGAUAAUCAUGACCAGUGUUGCAUUUUUGUAAGCAGUGUUGUAGUCAUUCGUAACGUACCUAGCUAGCCUAUCAAAAAAGGAAUAAUCCUGUGCUUCUAUUGAACAAAAGAAGGGGAAAAAGCAACAAAAGUUGUGUUUUGUGGUUGGUUGAUUGUCUGUAUCUCCAUUCAGCGGAAUACUAGCAAUGUGAAUCCUGUCUUGGAGCUUGUCACGGUGAUCGAGACUUUUAAUCAGACACGAACUAAUAAUGAAAGGUGGAACCAAGUUCUGUAUCUCAGCAACAACAUUAUUCGUGGGUUUGAUCAUCGCAGUGGUGGGCGUGUCAUUUCUUCACUUUUUCCCGAUCAUUUUUGACGAAGCAUUGAAGAAGCAAACCCGGCUAGUAGAGGGGAGCACAGGUUAUAAUAUCUGGGAGAGCCCACCUGCUGAUAUUUUCAUUGAUUUUUAUGUGUGGCAUCUUGAAAACCCACUUGAGGUGGAGAAAGGAGCUAAGCCCAACGUCACCCAGCGAGGACCGUACACAUAUAGAGAAACUCGGAGUAAAGAUUUCAUCCAGAAUAACAAAAAUGGAACAUUAUCAUAUGUUCAGCCAGAAAGAUACGUCUUUGAUCCAGUUCAUUCUGAAGGCCGCGAUCCUAAAGUUGAUAACUUUACCACAGUCAAUAUGCCACUACUAACAAUCAUCAAUCAACUUCAGUAUAUGCCUGAAAACUACAGAUAUCUCUUCAACGUCUUUGCAAACUUACUGGAGAGACAUCUCCAUGCGACACACACGGUUCAUGAUUUCAUCUGGGGAUAUUUCAGUCCGCUACUCGCCCUUGCUAAGAUUCUUAGGCCCGAAAUGGUGGCCACGGAUGAGUUUGGAAUAUACGUUGGGAAAAACAACUCUUCUGAUGGCGUUUACACAGUCUACGAUGGAGUAAGAAAUUACACUAAAACUAAUGAGAUAGAGAGAUGGAAUGGAAAGGAUGAUGUGUCGUAUUGGACUACCAAAUAUGCAAACAGGAUUAAUGGCACAGAUGGAACCUACUUUAGACAGUUUUUAACGAAGGAAGAAAAGAUUUACAUUUUUAUUUCUGACAUUUGUCGCUCAGUGUAUGCAACGUUUCAAAAUGAAUCGGAAACACGGCAGAUUCCAACAUGGCGAUACGUCAUCCCUAAAUCUGUAUUUGAUAAUCAUUACAUCGAACCAUCUAAUGCUGCUUUCUGCACACCCGAUAAGAACAGCUGUCCACCAGGAGGGAUUCUAAACAUCACUGAUUGUCAAUACGGUGCUCCAAUCUAUUUUUCAUCACCACAUUUCCUUUUUGCCGAUAAUGAAGUCUUUCAGAUGAUAAAUGGUGUUCAUCCUAAUAAUACAUUACAUCAAUCAUAUCUUGAAAUUGAACCAUACACGGGAGUUCCUUUGAAGAUUGGUAAGAGAAGCCAAAUCAACACGUAUAUCCAUAGUUAUGAUUUUAUCGAGUUUUAUAAGAACGUUCCUAAAGCAUACUUACCACUUGUCUGGAUGGAAGAGAGAAGCUUCGCUACCAAGGAGGCUGCUGACGAACUUAAGCGACAGCUGAUGGUACCUUUAGCUAUAGGAAAGUAUUCACCAUGGGUAGCAUUCAGCUUAGGAAUCCUUAUAUUACUAGUAGGGAUAGGAUGUUCAAGGUAUCAAUGGAAACAAUGGAACGAAAACCCGAGCUUAGCUAUAAAUAGUGUGAUGACGGAUGAAGAAAUAGAACCAAUGAUGCAUGACUGUAUGUGAUUUGAGCUUCCUGACAUGUAGAUAAUGAUGCACAAAGGGCGAGGAGUAUUAUUUUGGUCUAAGCACUUUUAAUAUAGUAUACAAAUAUACCGGGCUUUGAGUAAGUAUAUCGGGAAUUAUUCAUCCUAGGUUGGACUGGCAUUAUUAUUUUUCCCCGAAGGGAAAAUAGUAAUUUGGCCGGUACAACCGAGGAUAAAUAAUACCCUUUAUACUUUUGAAAUAAAGGCCUGGUAUAUUUGUUUUAUAUCCUACACUUAAUAACUGAAUAAGGUAAAACAAUUAUACUAUAGUCUUUUCCUAA